CAACCAGGUGGCUUUCAAUCAAGAAUCGCAUUGAGUUAAGAAAUUUACAAUUUUUUUUUGGUUCACUAAACUAACCAUUGAAAUAUGGCGAGAGUAUCAGUCUAGCUAAGAUUUUAAUAGGAAAGACUUAGCAGAAAGAAUUGCUGUUGUUUACAUGAAAUCAACAUGAUACCCUUUUUUUGUAAAAAGAUGAGAGUAUUUUUAACUAUUGUAUUUAAAUAAAACUUUUGGUUGCUUUGUUCUUCUUGUAAUGUACUACCGUGUUUUCGGUAACGAUUUCACCACGAAUCCUUCACUGCAUGCGCGCAAAAAAAAUUCAUGAUCAGUUUAAAUUUUGAGUUCAAUAAAAAUUUUAAUGACAAUUUUCUUUUUACAAGCAUAAUUUGUCGUUGUAAAUGAAAAUUAUUAGUUUUUUUGUUAAACGAAAUAUUUUUUUAUUAAAAAAAAAUUAUAUUUGAUAGUUUUUUUUUUAUCUUUUUCUUUUUUUUUCAUUCAUGUAGGUAAUCUUUAAAAUCUUUAUAAAAAUAAGUGACAUUUUUUUUAAAAGAAUUCCUUUAUUCAAUUGAAUUUUACUAAAAUUGCGAUUCCAUCUAAGUCAUGACACUAUCAUGCGUUGAUUUUUGUUGUGAAUGCCAGAAUGAGUACAUAUUACAGGCUGUUAAUUUUAUAGCAGAAGAAAAGGAUUUCAUUGUUAUAGUAGGGUCAUCCAAUUCAGGAAAAACCACAUUAGUUGAAUGUUUAUCAGGACGUCCAAAAAAUUUUUGUAGUACGUCGGGGCGAAUUCUUAUAGAUGGGUUGACUGCGACACCCGCUAAAUUAAAAAAAUAUUGCCGCUUUGUUCAUUCAAAACAAGUUUUACUUCCUCAUGUAACCGUUUUAGAGACUUUGAGAGUGUUCGCUAAACUCACAUUAUCCCAUUUGUCAAUAAGUCAACAAAAUGUUCGUAUUCAAACUGUUUUAAAGCAAUUAGGUUUAAAUCAUCGUCAAGAUACACUUAUAGGUGGUGUAUGGCAUAAAGGUUUAAGUACAGGAGAACAACGGCGUGUUCAAAUUGCUAUAUCAUUAUUAUCGAAUCCUAAAGUUUUAAUUUUAGAUGAUUGUAUAACAGGUCUAGAUACAUAUACAGCAUUAGAAUUGAUUAUAUCACUUAGAAAUUUGGCAUUGUCCGGUUGUACUGUUAUUUGUACAUUAUCUCAAAUUACCUCACCUAUCCUUUCUCUAAUUGAUAAAGUUAUUGUUUUAGCCUAUGGUCGUAUCAUUUAUAAUGGGAAAAUUCUAGAAUUACCUCAACAUUUACGUACAUUGAAAAUUUUUUGCCAUGAAAAUAUCAAUUGUUUAAAUUUCCUCUUUGAUAUAGUAACUUACGAAAACAGUACUUCGUUUGAGUCAUAUAUGUCCCUUCAUUCCACACCUUACGUUCCGACGUUUUCUUCCAUUCCUGUCAAUUUUUUGUUUGAAGGUUUUCGAAAAUCUGAGUUAUCGCGCGUUAUUAAUGAAGCAAUUCGUUUAAAUCAAUUUGUUGAUCCUCGUUAUGUUGAUCAUAUUGUACCCUUAAAUGCAUCUAACACAGCAGUGACACUGUCUAAAAAAUGUUGGUCUUCACUUAAAAAGUCUUAUGCUGAAACGUGUAUUUUAUCUAGUAGAUUUUUUAAAAACAAUUUUCGGUCUCCUAGUGUAUAUUUUUCUAUUUUUUUCAUGAACAUACUACAAAGUUUAUUUCUUGGUAUUAUUUUCUGGCAAUUAUUAUCGGGUAUUCCUAAAACAAAACCUUUCUCAGUUGAUUUCUCACAAAUACGUAAAAAUUCCAUAUCGAAGAUGUUGGUGGACGGUAUUCAUGGUGAUCAACCUUUUCUUGAUAGUUUGACAAUUGGUGUGGAUGGACGUUCGAGUCAACCGUUGUUGAGUUUUUUAAAUUCAACUGAUACAAUAAAUUAUAUUCAUGCUUUAAUUUCAUGCGCGUCAUUACAAUCUGACUUUCUUAAAAAAUAUCCCUCUUUUGGUAUAGGGCGACAAGAAGAUUGGACUAGUGAUUUAAGAUUACAGCGUUUAACAAAACCAAGAGAAGUGUUGUAUAAUUUCAUAACACUAUUUCAGUCAGUGAUUGAACUAAGAAACGAUAUGACAAAAGAUUGGGAUCCUAAUAAAGAUAACAUAGAAUUUUGGACUACGUUUUAUUUAAAAACUAAUGAAAAUUUUAUUGCGCCCUAUAGAUUUUGUGUUAAUAUAUUAAAAAAAGAAACGGGAACGCGUCAUGAGAAAAAAAAAAACCGAAAUCUUUUUUCAUUUGAAGAAGUUAGUUUUUAUGAAAUGAUAAACUCUGUUAUUGGAUGGUGGUCUUCUCCAUUGUUGUAUUCUUUACGACAUUAUAUGCUCCAUAUGGCAGAUUGUCAUCAACCUCAAUGUCAGUCCAUGUUCACUUUUCUAACGUUUUUAAAACAAUCUUGGAAAGAUUUAAACGUUACCGUGAGGUCUUUAUUGAGUGUUUGUGGUUGCUUAUUUUUUGUUGUGGCUACUCUUGGUUUCUCUACCUUUGACGUUCUUUUAACAUUUCCACGCGAAAAAGAUUUAUUUUCAACUGAAAUUGAAAACGGAUUUUAUAUGUCGAUAAGUUAUUUUUUAGCUCGUAAUUUUGCUGAUUUACCUUUUCAAAUUCUACCAAGUUUUGUGUCCUUAACCAUUUUUUAUUUCAUGGCAGGUUUAGGUACAACAAUCGCUCAUUAUUUUUUUUUUAUCCUAAUAUGCAUUGGAAUUAUAUUUGCUGCUUAUGGGUUAGGAUAUUUCAUGUCUUUUUCAUGUCCAUCUAUUGAAAUUUCAAUGCUGGUGACCCCAUUUAUUUUAAUCAUCUUUUUAACACUUGCCGGUUUUGUAUUACGUGAUGAAAAUAUUCCAUCGUGGCUUCGUUUUUUGGAUUUGUUUAAUUUUUAUAAAUGGGGUUUCUUUUCUCUUAUUAUCAAUCAAUUUCCUCUUAUUAAAGGCGGUCAUUUCGGUGUUCUUCCUAAUACCCUACCAAGGCUUGUAUCUGGAGUGUUUACUGAAAAUCUUUUUAACACCAUUCUUAUUGUUUACAGUAUAGGAUUUCUUUAUCGAUUUUUAGGGUAUAUUGUACUACUCAUUCGAAUGCAACCUGAUUGGUUAGGCACAUUUCCUUAAUCAAAAUAUUUCUCAAACGCUUGGACGGCAAAUCAACAAUCUUUAACAAUGUCUUAAUAUGUUGGAAUAUUGCUGCUAUCCAACGCGUCCUAAAAAUGGCUUAUUAAAAUACGUAGAGUAUUUGAACUUUUCAUACUUUAUAUUUUUUUUUUUAACUACCUAUAACAGUAUUUUCGUUUUUUUUGUUAAAAAAAAAAUGCUAAUAAUAUUGUGUUUGUUAAAAGUUUAAAUAAUUCCGUGUGUUUUUGAACAUGGUAUGUUUAGUUUUUCUUAAGAUGGUUAAUAAAAACCAAAUCUUGUACAAGUCUGCUAUUAAACAUGAUGAAAAAAAAUACUUCCUUUACUA